AUGAGCUCCGAGCUAGGUCAAGGCACUGGGCCAAAUAGCAAACUCAAGCGAGGAUUGAUAGAUGCGGACGAUGACGGCAGAGCGAAUGCACCAGACGACUCGGCCCAGCCCAAGCGCCAGCGAGUAUCGCGGGCCUGCGACAACUGUCGAACCAAAAAAGACAAAUGCGACGGAGCCCGGCCUGUCUGCUCAACAUGCGCAUCACUGGGCCGUCAAUGUACCUACAAGACCAAUCCAAAGAAGCGGGGACUCCCGACAGGAUACAUUCGGUCGUUGGAGUUGUUAUGGGGACUGGUAUUUCAGAAAAUCCGAGGCAGCGAAGACGUCAUGCGCGCGUUGAUGAAGUCCACCAAUCUUCUCGGUCAUCUCGCUGCAAUGGGGAAGGAAGCUGAAGGGUCGGACACUCUACUUGCAUCUUUCAAAAACAGCAUGAUGCUCAGGGACAUCGAGCGCAUGUUGGUUGUGUUAGAGCAACCACAAGAAGACAGGGAACAAAGCACCUGCCCACCAGAUGAUGCUGAGACACCGCUCGAUGUUGACACAGUCUUAGCGUCCCCAGAAGCACGAGAAUGGCAAAUUCCCACGGAGAUGAAUCAUAAACGUCAUUCGCCGCCACGCGCAGCCCAGCAAAGCCCGGCAGAUGUCCGUCGAAGCCACCGAAGUCAGGAGGCGGGUGUUCAGACGCUACCUUCAACAGAGAUGUCCUCUCCGAUUCGUGCCCGUUCGGGUAUUGAAGAGCCCUCGACGACUGCGGGCAGAGUUCUUCUUGAGCUUCCGCCCAAUGUGUGGUCUCUCCUCGAUGUAUACUUCACAUACACGCAAUGCUGGUUGCCCAUUCUUGAGAAACAUGACAUGCUCCGUACCGCCUACCAGUACACCGACGGCCCACUCAUGAUGUCAAGCGAUGUAGCUGGAUCCGGAGAUCAUGCGGCUUUGUGGGCGAUCUUGGCUCUGGCCACCUUCCAAGAUGCAGCCAACAAGUCGUCGUACGAGCGCAGUGCGCAGUCCCGCUCUGGCAACGCUGCACAGCUAUUUCAUAUCGCACGCUCAUUAAUUCCUGCUGAGGGCUACUCGUACGAGCUUGGUCACGUACAGGCCUUGCUAAUUCUAUCUUUGAUAAAUCUUGGUCAGCAUCAAUGGAAUGCCGCGUGGAUGCUAGUAGGGCAAGCUAUUCGGAUUGCCCAGAUUCUGAGACUGGACCAACCAAGCUUCGAAGUUGCUACACAUUCCAUCACCAGGACAGUUGGUCGAGCUCAACAUGUGUUUUUGGCUUGCUUUCUUCUCGAGACGCUCACUGCGGAGCAAACAUCGCAACUUCCUUGCCUUCGAAAGGGCGAUUUAGCUCGAGUGGGGACUGUCAGCGAGGACGGACUUGAAGAGUGGCAUCCGUGGGAAGAUCAGACUGGCUUCAGCCCAAGUCACUCUUUCCGUCUUUCUAUGCAGCGGGGGCCUCUCCAUGCACUGAGCACGUUCAACCAUCUGAUAUCUCUCGUCUCAAUAUUGAACGACCUCUGCUUCAUCAAGCGGGAUCCGACCGCGUCCCGCGCCCAGCUAGACUCUCUCCAGAUUCAACUUCACAGAUGGGUCUCGUCAUUACCCAGGAGUUCUCGCAUUGAACUACAGAAUCGCCAGUCAAAUCCGCCUUCACCUCAUGUAUUCAGCCUUGAGAUAUUGUACCGGAGCACUGUCAUGAGCCUCAACAUGCAUAUUGCUUCACGCGAAGGUGACAAUCAUCUUUCACAGCUUUCCCAUCGGGGUAAGGCUGUCGAGAGCUCUCAGGCACUCUAUCAGCUGCUGCACUUCUUCAUGGACACCUAUAGCUGUGCAGCGGCAACACCCAUCUUCGGGAUGAUACUCAGUCAAUGUCUCAGAGACUCAGUACAUCAAAAUGGACCAGGGAAUUCUAGAGCGACCUUCUGGCCUAAGCUUGAAUCGCUCAAUUCUCAUCUGAGGCAAAUGUGGAUGACGGCGGAUUCCCUUCAUGGCCCCGCGGGUAGAAAAUUCGAAUUGCAGCAAGACUAUUCUGAGCAUUCCGAAAGCCAAACACCACCGCGUCAGGUCUUAUCAACAUCUGCUCCUCACCAUAGCUUGUCUUCCACCAAUUUUUCACCUGAUCUUGAUGGCCAUUCGCGUCGUCCGAUGAACUCGAUGCUUGCAACGCCCUGGCUUCGAAAUACAUCUGGUCUAUCCGAAACUAGUUAUGUGACGAUGACCCCCACGUCUUCCCUGGCUUCCAUGGCUGGUGUCUUAGGACCUUCGGCUCAUACGGGCCACCCAAAGAGAAACUCGCAGUCAACAGAGCCUUCUCUUUCAUUGGUACAAGAGUCUGCGCUAAACCAUGAAUCUGAUAUUCCGUAUGGCGGGCAGUACUCUACCUAUGCAGAACCAUCGCUUGGUCAUGAUCCCUUUACAGAAGUGGAUGAUUACGGGUCUGUGAGACGUCAGGCCCCGCAACGAAUUGCGCCGGAUCUUGACGCUCUAUUCGAUGAGCUUGCCUCGCUAGAUGGCGCAGAAAAACCCGAUAAUCAGCCUGAGUUCAUGCAAAAUCUUGGAUAUGUUACAGAAAGUGGGGUACCAGAACUCUUAUCUUUCUCGGAUCAGAUAGAGCCAUUUCUGUUGGCCCAAACACAGCAAUUACCGAUGGCCGUGCAAUCUUCUGCAAGGCGACGGGACUCGCUUGGUAUUGGAGACGCACCCCAGAGAUGA